AAAACCGGCAGGAAGUUGUGACAAAAAAAUUCAAAAUGCAGUUAUCAGUUACUUUGUUGCCCUUAUUCGCUAUUUGUUUUUUUCGCAUUACCUUGGGGUCUUCGGUAAUACCGGGAUUGUUGGGCGAUGAUGCGGAAUUACCGCGACCAUAUGGUGAUUUUUAUGGUGUCUUUUAUAAAAAGUACGGAUCAGAUUGCCAUGUAACAAAUAUUCAUAGUGACAACGAUCCAAUACUAUUAGCUCAUAAGGCACUGAGUGACGCAAUUUAUUCCCAAAUGGGUCAAAAUGCACAACCAAAUGACGAUAAAGAAUUUAGGGCGAAUUGCGCAAAAACAAAUUCUGGAAAAAUUAAAAUAAUGGCGACAAGCUUAGUAAAAAAAGUAUGCAACCCAAAAGCAAAGCAAUCUAAAAUUGUAGAUGACCUUCUUCAAGCUAUUUGUCACACUUUAUUCAGUAAGGAUCCUGGAAAUUCUGUUCGCAUCUAUAAAAUGAAAAAUUUGAAUAUUAUAUUUUAUAUACUGACAUUUUUAUUUUUAAGUGUAUUUAAAAAAACAAUUUUAUGAUUUUCUAGCCCCCGCUACUCUGUAGAUGAUGUCUAAUGCG